GAGGAACACCAAUAAAGCGAAAAGGAUGCUGCUCUUGAAAGCAUCCGGAAGCAAUCUCUUAAACGACUGCAGCUAAAGCCUGUUAAUGGACGUCCUCUAAUCCUCGGGUGCACUUUCCAGUCCGCAAGAGGAGCUGACUCACCCCCCUGUCACCUCCUACCUGGAGGAGGGCGCUCUUUAUUCAGUUUCCAUCCUCCGUGGAGAGGCUGUGGCGUGCUGGUCCAGGCUAGACGAAGAGCUGGGUACUUCUCCAAGUGCUCAUCAUCCGUGCUCCGACAGGCCGGAGCAGCACUGUGAGCAUCACCGCAUCACAUCCACUCGACAUGGACUUCUCCAUCCGCGCGGCCAACCUGGACGACUGCAAGGACAUCGCGCGGAUGAUCAUGGAACUGGCAGAGUAUGAGAAACUGGCAGAGCAUGUGAAAGUGACCCAGAAAGACUUGGAGCAGGAUGGCUUUUCCAAGAACCCGUUCUUUCAUGGGAUCAUCGCUGAGGUGCCAGAACAGCACAAAACCAAAGAAGGGCACACAAAGAUCGGCUAUGCACUUUACUUCUAUUCCUACAGCUCCUGGUCAGGCAGAGCCAUUUAUAUGGAGGACUUGUAUGUGAUGCCUGAGUUCAGAGGGAAAGGUGUUGGUAAAGCACUAAUGAGCAAGGUGGCACAGCUGGCUCUGGCUGCUGGUUGCCACCAGCUCAACUUCACCGUCCUGGACUGGAACAAACCAUCGAUGGACUUUUACCUCAGCCAGGGCUGCUUCGAUAUCACUGACACCAUGGGCUACCACUGCAUGCGCUGCGAGGGGGAGGCACUGGAGCACCUGGCUCAACCUUAACCCAACCCUCAUGACCUUUCGUGACCUUUGCAGCCAUGAGGUCAGCCCACACACUGCAGGGAUGGAGCACCACUCAAUGGCUCUUUCCAAAACUUGACAAGCUGAUUUUUAUUGACUGUUUGCUAAUCCCUGCCUUCCUUAACUACAACAUUCUAACUUUAAAGCCAUUUAGCAAUGUGUUGCAUAUCAACUAUGACAUUUAUCACCAUUUUUAUGCAGCAAAUGUCACCUACAUGUUGGUAACUAGCCUUUACUUUACGGAUCACUUAAAGUUGGUAGAAACACACCCCUACCACAGUAUAAUAUUUAAGAGAUAUAACUUUUAAAAUACCUGUCGUUUUAAUGGAGAGAGACAGAAUACAUAUGACAUAAAAGUUCUAAACUGAGUUGCAUAUUUUCAUUGACUGAAAUAAGUAUCUGAUCCCCUACAACCCAGUCAGAAUUCUGGCUCCCACAGAUUGGCUGUUUGACUAUGUGGCACACGGAUUACAGUCAACCAAUGAAUCAAUGAUUCCACAUUUCAGUCUCUCCACCACCAUGGACAAGAACAAAGAUCUGUCAAAGGAUGUCAGGAACAAGAUUGUAGACUUGCACAGGAAUGGGAUGGGCUACAGGACCAUCACAAAUACAAGAAAUACAGUAUAAAAGAGCCAUCAGUCAGCCUCAGCCUGGAUCUCCAUGCAAGGUCUUGCCUCAUGAGGUGAGGAUAAUCAUGAGACAGGUGGUAGACCAGUGCACUAUUAAAGAUCUGAAGGCAGUUGGGACCACAGUCACCAAAAACACCAUUGCUAACACACUACUCUCUAAUUGAUUGAAAUCUUGCAACACUUGUAAGGUUCUUCUGCUCAAGAAGGCCUGACUUAAGUUUGUCAGCUGAAUGAUUCAGUGAAACCAAAUUUGUAUCUUUGGCAUCAACUCAACCUGCCAUGUUUGGAGGAAGAGAAAUGUUGAGUAUGACCCAAACACCACCAUCCCCACAGUCAAGCACGGAGGUGGAAACAUGCUACAGCUAAAGGUACAGGACCACUUCACUGUACUGAGGGGCCAUGAAAUCUUGGACAAGAACUUUGUUCCCUGAGUCAGAACACUGAAAUGAGUCAUGGAUGGGUCUUCCAGCAAAAAACACAAAAAACCCACCAAGAUAAAAAGGAGUGACCUCGACCAGUGUUUCCCAACCUUUUGGAGCCACAGCACAUAUUUCACAUUAGAAAAAGCACACGGAACACCACCAAACAAAAAUGUCACAAAGAGCAUAUUGAUCAUUUUCCCCUGUGCACCAAGUAUAGUGGAAUUGGCUUGUUUGUCCCCAGUAUACCUCUUUUUUUCUUUUGACCACUGCAAGGGCCUUCAUCUGGGUCGGAAUCUUCUCCAGGACCCAGAUCAAAUUGACUACUUUUUCUUUUCAGAUAUUUAUCUAUUGCUAUUGUGCACUGCGUGGUCUCACAGCAUGACUAUUACGUAAUUUCUUCUUCGUCUUCUUCUGUUUUACUGGCAGUUGGCAACCCAUUUAAUUAGAGCAGGUAGUUGUACUGCCCUCUAGUGGAAGAGAAUGUAAUUGUUCUGCCUGUUACUCAGGCUGAUUGCUUAGAGUACUAAUCAGGUGGAACCAGAUAAUUUUCCACGGCACGCAUACCUAUGUGCCGCGGCACAGUGGUUGGGAAACACCGGCCUAGACAAUUUUCAAGCAGCAGAUAAGAAAAGCAUUUAGAGAGUUUCCGUGGAGAGGAGUGGGCCAAAAUCUCUCCUGAGAUGUGGGCAAACCUGGUGACCAACUACAAGAAACAUCUUACCACUUAUUUCACUCAGUGACAUGCAAAUACAUUUAUAAAUAUUUAAUCUGCUGGAUGUUUGGGUGAUAUUUUGUCUCUCUCCAUUAAAAUGAAACUACCAUCAAAGAGACUAUUAAUUUCUUUGGAAGGGAGCAAACUUACAAUUCAGCAGGGGAUCAAAUAGAAUAAUAGAACAAUAAUAAUAGAAUAAUGACACGAUGCCUGAAUUUCACUAUAAACUUGUGAAAUGUGAGGCUCUCUGAUCUUCUCCGGUACCUGUUGAUGAGCACUGGAACAACUCUGUCUCUGCACUGUGGAGAAACUGGACAAUCACUAUGCCGGGCAGGGAUUUUGCAAAUGGUCAUUUACUUUUAUGUUGAAAAGAAUAUGCAGUGUCAAGUGUUGGAAUGGGGAAGAAAUGUGUGCAAUACAUUUAAAAAGUACAAUGCAGAGACACUGAAGCUGUUUUGUGUUUUCCUCGUGUGACGUGUUAAGAAUUCUGUGAUAAAUGAUGAAACAUUUAGACAACAGGGUGUGAUACAUGUGUAUGUAGUGACAUUUUUAGACAACUUGUGACCUAAGGUAUAAGAUGUGAUCUGAAUUUUGUUGGGGUUUUUUUGCACAAAGAUCCUCAAAAAUCUUAUGCAUUGCAACACUAAGAGAUAUGUUCAGUGUACGACUGUUUUAAAAGUUUUUUGUAUCUUAUCCCUUUAAAUUUACUCUAACGACAGCAACCAAAGAGUCAGUCACCUCUGCCUCUCGUCUUCCAGAUGAGGAGCGCUGCUGUUGUGAAGCACAGCGUUGGUAUUUGCACUGUUUUCUUCUUUUUUUCUAGCUGUUUAUGUGUAUUGAGGUCUUGUGAUGAGAGUGUGCGCUAAAGGAAUCAGCUGGACUCAGACUAAAACCUCCAUCUUUGCAGCCAGACGUGUGGGACUGGUUUCAAAGACCUGGACGAAGCCUCGAGUCAAACAAAAACAAUCCAUCUGGUCGAAUUUGAAAACUAAGAGAAAAUCUUGGACUGGGCUCAGUGCACGUCUUUGAACCUGUCUCGCUAAAAUGAAAGCGGCGUAAUUCUGGUCUGCACUUCUGUUUUAUAUUCAGUCUCAAUUUUUUUUUCUCAGAGAGGGCUUCUUUCCAGCAGUUUAAUGAAAACAGGCUGAGCUGGGGGUUAUAUUUGGUUUGUUUUCUUUCUUUCUAAACAAGUAGAAACCGCUGACCAUUCUUUGUUACUUUUUGCAAUUUGCAUUUACAAAGUAAUUCACUCUGGAAUGCACGGUAUUUUAUUUUAUUUAUUUAGUUAGCUAUCCAUCUUUGGGACAUCGAAAUAUUGCAUGUCUAAUGUGCAAAAUCUGCAGCCUAGCUCAGUUUUGCAAAGUAAAUCUUUGUGCUGCUACAAAGUGCAUUUCCACAAAAAUCCACGCCGAGUCCAAGGGAUCACGAGGGGAUCAUUAUGUCUUAUCUGCAGCUUCCCAUCAGAAUUUCAGACCAAGCGCUAUAAAUUAUUCAGUCUCGAACUGUUUUCCCAACAUGGAUUUCCCAAAGCACUUCAAAAUCAAAGUUCAGCCCUUGUUCCUGUCAGUCACGACUGCAGUAAAUCUCAGAAGAGACGCUUUGUGCAUAAAACAGAGAGCAGCGACUCACCAGUUUAAUAUUUUUUAAGAUGUUUCCUCAGUUUUUAGUGUGUUGAAUGUGUGUGUGAGUACAACACUGUGUAAUAGCAGAGGGGCAACCAUGACGCAUUCUCAUUUCCACAGCUGUGCGGCCGUGUUAUCCAGUGUACCAUAAGAGCUCGUAUUCAGUGUUCCCGGUGAGGUCGGUGUCUUUAAUGUCCUCAUAUUUCCGAUGUCGUCUGUGAAAUUACCGAAAAUAAAAGUUGUGUGGAAGGCUUUUCGGGGCAUUUUCGACUUCAUCCGCUGAGUUUUUAAAAAAGAGCUUCAUGAGGUGCAUAAAUUCCCUCGGCUCACAGAGGAGCAGUAAAUUCCUCAGCUGAAGUCAAAACACUGAAAAGAAAAUCACCAAAAAUGGAUCCAUAAGUUUUUCACCUGAUAUUUGAAGCCAUGAAAUUGCCACAAAAGGUAGAUGCUUGAAUUUUGGGUCAUUUGCUGUGUGUAAAAACAAACAAUGAAUAAAACACUCAACAUGUAUGAGA